UCGCUACUGCGCAUGUGUGCGAGGAUUCCACGAUUCGGAGCAUUUUGGUUAUGGUGGAGGCAUGAUGCAAAUAUAAUUAUAUAUUAUACAUUAUGAUAUUAUAUAUUUACAAUUUACAUUAUGGUCUAGUGUUCUAUAGCCUAUCAGCUGAUGCUGAGAAGAAUUGACAGCUCCUUUUUAUAAGACAAAAAAUAUAUUGUAAUUUAUAUAUCAGACCAUAUUCAUAAAACCUAUAGUUCUUGAUAUUUGACAUUUGUAUCAAAUUUCUCAUAUAUCAAAUAUGACAUCGUUCGUAGCAGAUGUGCUGACUACAGCAGGAAAACUUGAAAUGGUAAAUUUUCAAAAAAAUAUUGCCGAAAUACAGAAACAAAUAACAAAAUUAGAAUAUGAAGUUAAAGAUUUUAUGGAUGACGAUUCUUUUGAAUUCAAUGCAAAAUUGAAAAGAGAUGUGUAUUUAGUAAAAAGGAUUGAGAUGCUAUUGCAAGAGAUGGACAUUUUGCAAAGCAGGAUAAAUAAUCAGGUCAAAAUAGAAUUACCUGGUUUGAUAAAAGAAUUGAAAACUCUCUCUCAAAAAUUAAAAGAGUCUAACAUUAGUUUGAAAUUAUCCCAUCAGUUGAUAAACUUACACGAAUAUAUAAAAUCUAUAAAAGAGAUGCAAGAAGAAAAACGAUAUAUUGAUACUGCAAAGACUCUAUCGCAAAUGCAAUCUUUAUUGGAUAAUCCUCAUAGUUUUCUGCAAGAUCUUGAAAUAUAUGCGACCAUCAAAGAUGAAUAUUGCAAUCUCUUCCGCUUGUAUUCGAUAGAAGUGUCCAGACUCUUACAUGAUUGCAUUUGUUGGAAUAAUGACAUGAAAGAUGGCAAAAUGGUUACUUCUCUUAUUAUUAAAAGUGAAUAUGAUAAUAUACAGGAACUAAUACAAGGAUUGUAUAUCAUUAAUAAUCUUGAAAACUUCUUGCAAACAUUUUUAAUGAAUUUAAUAAAUCAUAUAAUUAAUCCUAUCAUUCAUGAUCACUGUUCAGUGUAUGUUAUCGAAGAGAAAGUUUUUACCAUCGAAAUAUUGGAGAAAAAAAAGAUGCCAUGUUUUAAAAGUGUACUGUGCAAUUUAAAGUUGCUCUUUAAAUUUCUUCAUCAACACCUAAAUCUGACAAUUAUGGAUAACGAAACUUUUCUGAAAAGAAUGCAACCACAUCUACUGAAGCAAUUAUCACAUUCUUUAACAACAGAUUGUAUCUCAUACAUCAUUCCAACUUCUAAUGCAAAUCUAAAGAAUUUUGAGCCUGUUGUAGAAGCAAUUAAUGAAUUUCAAGAUUACUUAGUACAAAUUGAAUUUCUUUCUAAAGAUCAGCUCUUUUUAUCAGAAUACACAAACAAUAUUGACAAACUUUUUAUCGAUAGAAUGUGUCAAGAAUUAUUAGUCAAAGGUAGAAAUAUAAUGAAGAAAGACCUACAUGAUUCUGUUCGAUAUGAGCCACAGGAAUCACCUAUGCUUAUGGAUAAAACAUUCGAAAAUAAUUAUAUAUUGAAUGAAAAAACGUUAAGAGAUAUGUCGUUUCAUUUACCAAAGUGUCAAAUCAGCAAAAGUGCACAAGAAAUACUGGAAUUAACAAGGAAAGCAUUAAAAGAGGCUUGCAAUAGUUCAGAUGCGUGCGCAGUUAGAUUAUUUUAUACAUGCAGAAAUAUAUUUGAAAUGUAUGUUGGUUUAGUGCCAGAACAUCAUAAAAAAUUUUUAGAAACAAUACCACAGCAAGUUGCUCUAUUUCAUAAUAAUUGUAUGUAUCUUGCUCAUCAUCUACUUACUUUGGCACACGAAUAUAGAGACAAAGUCCCAAAAAAUCUACACAAAUUGAAUUUAACAUUCUCGGAUCAAGUCACAAUAUUCCGAGAAGUAGGUUCGCAGUAUUUUUUAGAACACAUGAAAUAUCAAAAAAAUAUAAUCUUUGACAUCAUCAAGGACUCAGGUUUUUCGGGAUUGGGGCAAACAUCUGAGUUACAUCCUAGUACUGAACGUGCAUUAAGACAAUGCAUCAGACAAUUGGAAUUAUUGAAGACUGUUUGGAUAGAAGUAUUACCUAUAAAUAUAUAUUGCAAAGCUGUUGGAUGUAUAACGAAUUCUAUGAUUGACGAUUUGGUGACAAAGGUUAUAACUGUUGAAGAUAUUCCAGCUGAUGUAGCGACAGAAUUGGUAAUUUUAUUCAAUAUGGUUGUAAAACGAACACCACAGAUAUUUCCUGAUCAACAAAUACAACAGCACGUACAAAAAUGGGAGAAAUUUUUGGAACUGAUUAAGAUACUUGGUGCAUCAUUGAAAGAAAUCGAAAUUAGAUGGGGAAAUGGGAAAGGAAUAUUGGCACAGGAGUUCACUGCUCCACAAGUUAAACAACUGAUUCGAGCGUUAUUUCAGAAUACUGAUCGAAGAUCUAAUCUUUUAGCUUCUAUAAGAUAAAAUAAAUAUCGAACAUAUAAAAAAUUGAAAUAUAUAA